AUGUUUGACCAUAACAAUCCUGCUUCUUAUAAUCAUCAAUACUGUCAAGUCAAUGGUAUUCGUCUACAUUAUGUUGACCAAAAUCCUACCUCAGAUAAGCCUUUAUUAUUAAUUCAUGGAUGGCCAGACCUCUGGAUUGCCUGGAGAGAACAAAUCCCUUUCCUCGUCACCCUCGGCUAUCGUGUCAUUGUUCCUAGUCUUCGUGGUUUCGGUGAAUCCGACGCUCCCGAGGAUCCAGCAGAGUAUGGUUUUGGCGUAGUCAGCAAGGAUUUGGCCGGCCUUCUGGACCAUCUUCAAAUACCCACUGUUACUGUCAUUGGUCACGAUUGGGGAGGAGCUGUCACUUGGCGCUUCGGCCAAUUCUAUCCCGAACGCGUCAAAGCACUUGCUAGUUUCUGUACACCCUAUGUUCCUCCUGCACAACAUCCUACUACCUUGGAAGAGAUCGUAAAGACUUUCCCAAACUUUAAAUAUCAACUCUAUUUGGUCACACCUGAGGCUGAGCAAGAUAUAAACAACAACGUUGCCAAAUUCUUUCGCCGUGUCUUCCGUCCCAUCGGUGACAUGAAAGAACCAUUGACUGAUCCCGUUAAAGGAACACUAGCCGAAGGACGCGAAGAUAGACCUCGACAUGAAAAGAUCCCCGAAACUGUCAUGAAUUACUAUGUUGAACAAUACAAGAAGCGUGGUGCUCGUGGUGGAUUGAACUGGUAUAAGCAAACUCAUAACAACUAUGUACAAUGCAAAGGGUUAGACCCUAUUAUCCGCAAGCCUGCUAUGAUGGUUAUGGCCGAAAAGGACGCUGCUUUGCCUCCCUCCAUGGCCUCCAGAAUGCCUGAAUUCAUUCCUGGUAUUGAAAUGCACCUUGUCAGUGACUCUGGUCACUGGAUUCUU